AUGAGACUAUUGAAGGUUGUGAUGCGGGGAACGAAUAAUGUUGGUGUUGAUUUGAUGAUGGCCGAUGGAGGAUUCUCAGUGGAAGGCAAAGAGAACAUACAGGAAAUCCUCUCGAAACGACUGUAUUUAUGUCAAUUUCUGGUGGCGCUAUCGAUCGUGCGACCAGCCGAUCGCACCCACGACGGUGGUGUAUUCUUCUGUAAAUUAUUCGAUAUAUUCACACCAUUCAGCGUGGGACUGGUUUAUCUAAUGUAUAUCGCCUUUAAGCGCGUCUCGCUUCAUAAACCGAAUACCAGUCGCCCGGCUAACUCAGAACGGUAG